AUGCCCUCGCCCUUGUUGGGGCCCCUACCCUCUUCUGCGGCCUCCUUCCGACGGCCCGUUCCAUGGCCCGGCCCUCACCUGCGGCCCCACCCUCCUCGGCCCCUGUGGUGCUUCCUCCCAGACGCGAGGAUUGUGUCCAUGGACCACGUGUUCAGGAUUGACCCCUCUAAGGUGGAGGACGGGAAAGGGAAGAGUCCGUAUGAUCCUCGCCACAACGCUGCAUCUGUACUUGUCGGUGAUGAGCUAUAUGCAGGCGUAGCUACAGACCUAAUGGGACGGGACUUCACCAUUUUCAGAAGCCUGGGGAAACGCCCCUCCAUCCGCACCGAACAGCAUGACUCCCGCUGGCUCAAUGAACCAAAGUUUGUUGGUUCCUUUUGGGUCCCAGAAAGUGAAAACCCUGAUGAUGACAAGGUGUUUUUCUUUUUCCGUGAGACGGCGGUUGAGGCCCAGGGUCUGGGAAAGUCCACUUACUCCCGCAUUGGACAGCUCUGCAGGAAUGACAUGGGCGGUCAGCGGAGUCUGGUGAACAAGUGGACGACAUUCCUCAAGACCCGUCUGAUCUGCUCGGUGCCAGGUGCAGACGGCAGCGACACGUACUUUGACGAGCUGCGCGACGUGUUUCUGCUGCAGACGCGUGACAGGAAGAACCCUCUGGUCUACACUGUCUUCUCUACUUCCAGCAGUGUAUUCAAAGGCUCAGCCGUGUGUGUCUACUCCAUGAAUGACAUCCGCAGGGCCUUCCUGGGUCCCUUCGCUCACAAAGAGGGGCCCAACUACCAGUGGGUCCCCUUCCAGGGAAAAGUCCCCUACCCACGCCCAGGAAUGGUAUGUCCAAAACUCCAAAAGGCUGUGGGCUCAAAUGGGGUUCGAGUGAGCCCAUCUAAAACCACUGUCAAGUCCCAUAAGGGCACCAGUGACCUGGAGACAGGAAGGAAGCUGCGAGCUCCCUUCAUAAAACGGCAGACCAGAGGAUGCUGGCCGGCCGUCUUACCCUCAAAACCCACAUGGCAGCAAUAG